UCAAGUGUAAAGAUCGUAGAAUCCAGAGUUAAAAACUGUAUUCAGCAUAAAAGUAACUUGGUAUAAUUGUUAGCUUUAUACUUCAUUCAGAAGUUUUGAAAGUUUGUCUGUAGACGCUAUGUAAAUGCAAAAAUAAAUAUACUGCAUAAUCCAAUAUCACAAUCCAAAGCCAUGUAUUGUGGGAUUGUAAUACAAAUUUCAAUCAUUAAUGUGGUCCACACAUUUACUAGAGAUGAGAAGAGAUGAACUGUUGUAGGUCAAUUAUGAAUCAUAAACAGCUUUUAACUUUAAUCACAGAAUGUCACAUGAUACUGGACCUCACACAUAUACCUCACUUCCCUUUUCAUUCUACCCUAUACUAAAACCAGUAUCAGUAUGCAGAAAACACCAAAGAAGCCAACCUAAAACUACACAAGAAGUACAUUCAGCGUUAGUACAGUUCAAUUAAAAUUAAAAGUUAAGAUGGGAGAGGUUAUUUAUGAUAAUGUGAUCAGCACUGAGUCUGAGGGAAUGAACAGAGAGAGAAAAGAGAAGAUGGUGUCCAUCUAUGAAUGUGCAGAUUCUGUUAGAGAUCACGACUUCAACACAGAAACAAACACACAGCAAAAACUUCAGCGUACAGUUUCAGUGUGUUUGGCGCUGAUGUGUGUUCUUCUACUGACUGCAGUCAUAGUGCUGUGUGUCCUCAUCAAUACAAACAACCAACAGUUUAACAUCAAGACCAAAAACAUCACAGAAGAGAGAGACCAGCUACUAACCAAAUAUACCAACAUCACAGAAGAGAGAGAUGAAUUAAUAGCCAAGUAUAAUAAUAUUACUAAACUAAGUGAGCAGUUGGAGGAGGAGAAAUAUAAACUGUGGAGACAACUUAAUGAUGGAUGGAUUUACUAUCAAUCCAGUUUGUACUUCAUUUCAUCUGAGAAGAAGAACUGGACUGAGAGCAGAAGAUACUGUAGAGAGAGAGGAGCAGAUCUGAUCAUCAUUAACAACAAAGAGGAACAAGAUUUUAUUAAGAAGAAUUUUGGUAAAGACGGACUCUGGAUUGGUUUGACUGACAGUGCUGUAGAGGGCAGAUGGAAAUGGGUUGAUGGCAGCACACUAAACGCUAGUUUCAGAUUCUGGGGGUUGGGAGAACCCAAUGGUGAAAGAGAAGAGAACUGUGUUUGGUCUUCUUCAUCAGGGUGGGCUGAUUACCCCUGUACUGAUGCUUUUAAAUGGAUUUGUGAGAAAGAACAGUAGCAAGUUUCUUUGGACAGUUUCUUUGUUUUUAAUGUAUCUUUGCUCUAACACCACCUAAUUUUGAAUUACUGGCACCUGCCCCUCAUCAUCUCAGACACCUCAGAUGCACUCACUGUCUUACAGUACCUCGCUUUGGAUAAUGGACUCUGUGCUUUUUGGAUUACACUUAUCUUUGGUGAUCAUGAUCUCUGUCGUCCUCUGUGUGUCUCUCAACGUGCUACUUCUCUUCCAUCAUAACUAUGCUUCAUCUUGGUUACUCCUGUGAAUGGUUACCUUCAUACUUUGCCAAGUGAUCUCCUGUCAGCCAGAACUUGGGAACUGGGAACUGUGCGUUGAUCAUGCUGAAUUUCUGAAACUGUUGGAGACUAUCUUAGGGCGCAAGAUCUGAAAGAUCUGAAAGAGUUUGAACCUUUCUCACUGUAUGACAUAGAAACAUAGAUAAAGAGUCACAAUCACAAAAAUCGCGAUGAUUAUUUGAAGAUGGCAAUCUUUCAUCUUGGACAUCCAAAAAUUGUGCAGUGUAUCUCGGGCUUAACCGCUAAAACACCUCAAAUUUAUUUCAAGCUUUAUAUUUUGUGCUGUGAUCAAAUGUCUACUUUUAAUGUUGUCUGUCAAUGAGAGUAAUAUGUGAGAUGUGAUCAUAAGUCAGGAUGUAGCAAGUAUUUAUACAUAUAGUUAUAAUACUAUUGUAUGGCUCAUCCAGCAAUAUUUUUAAAGCUGAAUCAAAACACAGGUAAUUUAAACAUGUAACCUUAACAUGAAUACACCGAUCAGCCAUAACAUUAUGACCCCCUGCCUAAUAUUGUAUAGGUCCCCCUUUUGCCACCAAAACAGCCCUGACCCAUCGAGGCAUGGACUCUACUAGAGCUUUCUAUUAGAACCAGCAUUCACUUAUUCAGCAAUUUAAGCUACAGUAGCUCAUCUGUUGGAUCAGACCACACAGGCCAACCUUUGCUCUUAAUUUGCAUCAAUGAACCUUGGCGCACAUGACCCUGUUGCUGGAUCACCACCUUUUUUUCCUUGAACCACUUUUGAUAAGUACUGCACUGCAGACCGAGAACACCCCAUAAGAGCUGCAGUUCUAGAGAUGCUCUUACCCAAUCGUCUAGCCAUCACAAUUUGGCCCUUGUCAAAGUCGCUCAGAUCCUUAUGCUUGCCCAAUUUUCUGGUUCUAGCACAUCAAUUUUCUCUAGUUGAUUUGUUAGAAGCAGUCCAUGCCUCGACGGGUCAGGACUGUUUUGGUGGCAAAGGGGGGUUGUACACAAUAUUAGGCAGGUGGUCAUAAUGUUAUGGUUGAUUGGUGUAUAUUUACAUAAAACCUUUUUUCACAUUUUAUUGGUGUGUCUCGUGUAAUGAUAGCUUGCCACUGACCUAAAUAAAGUCCUCUGCAUUUGCAUUUUGAUGAAUGUUUUAUAUAUGGAUGAUAUUUUAGGUGUUAAACUUCAAUGAUGACUAAAUUUCACAAUGCAAAUAGUGUAAAUGACCUCAUCCCACACGAUGUAGCAAAAUAUUUUAUUGUUUUCUUCUAUAUCUACAUGUAUAUCUAAAAACAGCAAUCUCUUUAUGCAAAAUUAAUGAAAUCUCUUUUUGGUUUCAGAAAUUUCAAAAUGUUUUGAAAUUAAUCAAUGCAACAAUGAUCUAAACCAUUUGUGCACAUGUAAAACUUAUGUAAAUGUUUCUCACACUUACAGUAAGAUGUGGAUAUAAGUGUUUGAGUUAACAGCUCAUCUCUGAUGCUUCCGUUCUGCUUCUCUUUAACUAGAACUGCAGAGGGGAUCCACUUUAUACAGAUCACCACAAAAACAACAUUCAGCUUUAGCAGAGUUAAAAUGUUCGAUUAUAAAGAACUAGAGUUGACUGAGAUUAUUUAUGAAUGUGUGAGCAGGACUGAGUUUCAGGGAAUAAAGACGGAUGGAAUGAAGUUGAUGCUGGAGAUCUGUCAU